AUGGAGACCAAAAGACAUUUUAAGGUUUGGAAUAUAUAUUAUGAUUUUGAAGAAAGGGUUCAUCGUGGUAAUGAGAAUGAUAAUAAUAAUUGUGAAUCCUUAUGCAAUUUAAAUUUAGUGGGUUCGAGUGAGAAAUUAAGUGGGUGCAAAGAUUUUUGUAAGAAACUUAUGAGAAAUUUAAGAUAUUUUUCUAAAGAUAGCAAAGUUUUUGACACUAAUAGCAUGAAUUGUAAUGUAUUAAAUAAUUGGAUAUAUAAUUCAAUUGAAAAAAAUAUAACUACAAAUGAUAUUGUUAAAAAAUUCUUUGAAACAUAUAACAAUAAUAUGGGUGAAAAACAAAAUGAUGAAAAAUGUCACUUUCCAAAUAAUCAAAUUUAUGAACCAAUAAAUAUAUCAUUAUUAGAUGCUUUUAAUGAUGAUAUGAUAUAUGUAUAUGUAUCAAUUAAAGAAAAUGGAAAUAAUAGGAUUUCUGCACUAAAGCUUGUAUGUCAGUGUGUUAGGAUAUAUAAGCGUAUGAAAGAGCAAUAUUGUCGGAAAGCAGAUGAAGAUAAUGAAAAGCAUACAAAUACAUGUUUAAAAUUAAAUAAGUUUAUGGAUUCUUAUACUUCAUUACGUGCUUAUCUCGGCGAUGUCAAUUCUUAUAUAACUUCAUUAGAUGAUAUAGAUAAAGAAUGUUUUGAAAUAAAUCUACCAGCUGAAUUAAAUAACUUAUUACUUUUAAAAAGACCUGAAUCGCCAGAUAAUGCUUUAAGAGAAGGUUUGGAUGAAUCUGCUGAAGACACAGAUGGUGCAUCAGACGGUGGUUUAACUUCACCUCUUGAAAUGGUAGAUAAUUCAAUGAAGAAAUCUAUAACUGCAACAAUUGGUACAUUUACUGGUGCAUCAUUUUUAAUAGCGCUUUUAUAUAAGGUUAAUACAAAAUUUUAUUUAAACAUAUGA